AUGAUUUGCGAUGGUUUCUGGUUGGAGAAUUUGAUCCUUAAGAGCGACGACGAGUUUACCGUGGUCGGUGUCGUGGGGCUGGAAUGGCCGUACAUUGGACCGCCACAGCUCGCGGCCUCGGCGCCGUGGUGGUUGCUUCGGGAUCGACCUACCAACGUCUGGUGGAAUUAUGGCAACGGGGAGCCGCCCGAUUUCACUGAACGGUACUUUGAGCACCUUGAACUCUACAAGCGCGUCCUCCGAGAAGAGGAGGCCAAAUUACGAGGGCCAGAAGACAAGAUCUUCUCCGAGCUCGUCCAGUGGUCCGAGGAUUCAGGGGCCAUGUGGUUCCAUAUGCUCUUCACCUUCGGAAUCAACGGCCUGGAUACCUUCCCGCUUGCAGAACUGCAUUGCCACGUGGGUGUUGAGGAAUGGAAGACAUUGGAAGAACAGGUUGACGAAGACGAGAUGGAAGUGUUUGCCGAGGAGAAAUUGCUGGACCUGAAGCAGUACGAUGCGGAUCUAGAAGCGAUUAGAAGGGACAAGGCUCGGGUGGAUAGCGGUGAGUUGAAGGCGUCGGUGUUUCUUGACUGGUAUCGUCGGUUGUCACGGUCGGGGCCAAAUUGUCGUUGGCUUGCGGCCGCGCGUAUGGGCAGAAAUCCAGACACAGCUUCCAGCCUGCUCGCGCGCGCCGACGGAGAACGGACCCGAACAAAUCGAAGCAUAGCCCAGCAGGCUCCAUCCCCCAAAAUGAGCCGACAAACCCCCCGCAAGUCGCGCCACCGCCACCACGCAAGCAACAGCGGUCCCCGCCAAGUGGCCGCCUCCGACUACGAGUCCGAUGCCGCCCAGUACAUGGAGAACCGUGAGGCGAUGCCCCUGUCCAACCCGCAGCCGGCCCGCGACAACACCGAGCUUAGCCUGCGCGUCCUGCGCCGCUAUCAACCAAGCAUACGGUCCAUCAUGGCCAUCGCCGCCAACGCCGUUGCCUACAACUUCCUCGAGGCUACACAGGGGGUGGGAGAAGCACGGGGCGGAGGGCACCAUGUUCAUCUGCGAGCAGGAGCCCGUCAUGGCACCCACCGGGCCAGACACUGCCGCGGGUGUGGGUCAGGGGAGCUCAUCGUCUUUCGGCUGGAGGACGGCGCUGUGAUCAGCGGUAACAACCAGGGAGCGGACGCCACCGCAAAGAAGAUCCUCGGGCUUUGGAUCCACGCCGACGAGAGCAAUACGCGGGAGGUGCACGCGAGUUUGAUCUUGGGCGCCUGGAAACAGGGCCGUCAAGCCUUGGACGCGUACAUUCAAGCGGUGACAGCAGGGGCAAUGGAAAACAACGGCAACUUAGCGCGAGAUCCGCAUGCAGUUGCCGUCGCGGGGGAUUCGGCCGCUGGGAAACGGUUGACGACAGUUCCCCACCACUUGCGAUCGCUCGACCCCGCGCUUUGCAACCCAAGCUUCGCCCAGCAUGCACAGUGUUUUAUCCCCGACCAAGCCACUGUGUAUCUUACCAUUUUGGCGACUUUCAACCUCAGAGUGCUUGCGUCCCCACUGAGCCCACCUUCCAUCAAAAUGGCGACCGACAACAACGGCGUCAAAAUUAGCGCCUCGUCAUUGUCCGAUGGCGAUGAUGCAAUUGAGAUCGCGAUACGUACUCAAACAUCCCUUGCCACUUCAUUCCAACAAUGGCUCGCGCAAAAAAGGAACGACGACGGGGAUCGCAACGACGUUAUCGCCAGGGUUCAAUUACGAUUAGACAGCUACAAGCAGUGGCUUCUUGAAGCCAAUACCGUGCCAAUCACCGUCCUGAAGGAUGUCGAGCCGUGGGACAUGAGUGCUCGUGUGCAGCCUGGGGACGAGGAUGGAUCAGUCAUCAUCGUUACGGGACCAGGUUCGGGUGAACCCAUCGAAAUCGCAACCAAGGACGAGGGGGAACUCAGAUACCUCAUGAGUUGCAACGCCUUCUCCAAAACCCAAGAGACCUUGAGAUUACUGCUCCGCACAGCAAGUGAGCUUCAAGAUGCAGAGGCGGAACUGAGCCAACCACCCGACACCACUGUCAAGACCUACAUCCGCCGCCUACAGGAGUACAACGACAUCAAGGACAUUGGCCAGCAGCUCAUCGGCUUCAUUGCCGAGAAUCGGGGCGUGUCUGUUCGGACCAUCUACGAGCAGGAAGAGUUUGGCGUCAGUUAUCCGCAAUAG